UUACGAUACGACGGAGCGUGAUCCGGUCCCCCGAUCUGACAGUGUACAUGUCGACAAGAAGUGUUUGUGUUGACAGUUUGACUCCGUGUUUCCGAUUCUUACACACUGUUUCACACGUGUGUGAGGAGCCAAGCUGACCGUUCUCGUGUGCACACCAAUAAAUGGAUCUUGGGUCGAGGGUGACCGACGAUUUGGUCAGUCCAUCAGUCAGACCAGGCAGGACUGGAUCAACUACAGCUGAUUAAUCUUUUGAGACAUUACCAACAGAGAUCGCCUGCAGCCGCAUCAGCUGUAUCUUCAAACAAUACUGAACCCAUUCGCACUGAAGUAGGCGUGAUGAGUUUUCCCCUCAAUGGCUUCAUUAUCUCACCGGAUGUUUCACGUUCUUGGUCUUUGAAAACCCACCGAAAGGAGGCUGCCUAUUUUGACUGACUAUAAAAAUUAGAAUUUUAUGACUUUCGAUCACCAUGGACCAGUCUCGGAGCAGCUGCAGAUACACCGAGAUGCAACCGAUGUCCUACUAUGACAACUACCCGGCUGCGAACGGCGACAUGGCUCACUACAAUACGCUGUCUCACUCCAUGUACGUUAACAACGGCUAUCACGACAGCCUCCACAACGGGGCCGCGUCACCACUACGGGGAGGGGGACACUGCUAUCCGACCCCCGACGGCUCAAACUCCUCGGACAGUUGCCGGGAGGAGGAUAUCGAGCACGUGCUGGCCCCAGGCUACCCCGGGGGAGGGGAGAGGCGGUGCCUGCUGUGGGCAUGCAAGGCUUGCAAGAGGAAAAAUGUUGCGGUGGACAAGCGGAAAGCGGCAACGAUGCGGGAGCGACGGCGGCUCCGCAAGGUGAACGAGGCGUUCGAGGCUCUGAAACGCCACACCUCGGCAAACCCCAACCAGAGGCUGCCCAAGGUGGAGAUCCUUAGGAAUGCCAUCGAGUAUAUCGAAAAACUGGAGAGGUUGUUGCAGGUGGAGAAAGGCAACGGGGACGGCAGCGAGAUGGAGACGGCCGAGACGAGCUCCAAUGCCUCCGAUGUAAUGACAGACGGCAGCAGUCCCGGGUCCUUCUCAUCCGACAAGAUCCACAACUAUGGCGACAACUACGAUGUCACAUCCCCAUAUGGUUUCCAGUGCACAAACACGUCCAGUCUGGACUGUUUGUCGUUGAUCGUUGAGAGUAUCACGCCCACAAAAGGUAAAGCGAUCACGUCGCCCAAGAAAGCUACCUCUGACGGCUUAUGCAUGUGCUGAAACCUGAACGCUGGAGGAUGGACUAGAAUCUUUGGUCAGCUAGCCUUGCCAAUUUCAAAUGUUUUGCUUCGAUGCUCUUGCUAAUCAUGAGGUUUAUUCAUCUGAUUGCGGAGGUGAAAGGUCUACUGCAAUCAUGGAAGGCAGCUGGAUUCACGAUGUCACAAGGUGGCGCUGUAUGUAAUCAGUCAACUCUCAUUCGCUGGAAACAUUGGCAUAUUAGGGAUUUUUAUGCGACGAUAACAAGGUUACCGGCAGUUUCACGACACUAUCGGAUGUCCGCUUGACUGAGACUUGUGAGGGACGCUGUAAACUGGUGCACGUGCCUUUGAUGACAAAUCAAAAGGAGGGCGCCAUCUGUUGUUAGCGACAAAAUUUAAUAGCCUUGUGAACACGUUCUACAUGGCAAAGGCUGUGAUUGGACAAAUAUUUCUACACCUGCACAAAUGUGCUGCCAUAGUUUUGCUUAUCAUGCACAAGGCUUCCAGUUAGAACUUUGGAGACAAGUUCACAACAGUAACCCCAAAUUUCUUGUUGAAAUUCGACAGUGUAAAAUAAUUCUGAACACUUCGUGCAUGGGGAGUAAUUUAUCUGCACAGAAAAGUGAAACUAGCUGAGUGGAUGAAGGAAUUACCGAAGUUUGAAGUAAACUUUGAGCAAAUGAUACGAAUAUUUCAGGAUUACUAAUAUACUUACUAAUCAAGAGUGAAGCUGAACGAUUUAUUCAACUGAUUCAAUACUUUAACCUUCAUUGACUGCCGUUUUAAUACUUAAGUUCAGAUUUUGCAUGGAAAUGUCCUUUUGAAAGUGCCAAAUUAAUGCUUACUACAGGUCCUAGAGAGGCAAUCUUUGAUCGAUGUGUAUUAACAUUUUAGGCAAAAAAAUAUUUUUAAACAUUAAAUCGGUUUCCACUGGCUGUGAGCCACAUUACGUUUAUUUGUAACAGCACUCUGUGCGGUUUAUCUGCUGAGGUCAGGCACUUCAUAAAUUAUGUAUUAGUCUUCUCUUUCAACCAAUGGGAUGUCGGCCUGAUUUAAACUAGACUUGUAACAAUAGCAUCAGUCGUUCGAGCGUUUGACACAUUCUGAAGUCUAUAAACAACAUCAGGGAAUCCCUCUCCGAAAACACAUUUUACGUUGUUGCAAAACCAACGACGCAAAGACUUGUCACAUCUUCGUUUAUUUCACUCUCUCCCCGAUAUUAAUGAAGCAUCAUGAUAUAAAAGGUCAUAUACCAAUCUAUAGCAUCGUUUGGUAAUUUUAAACUGUACGGGACCAUGUUGAAUUUCAGGUCACCUUUUGUGGGGGCGCAAAGUACCUACGUUGCACAGAAACAAGAGGCAUAUAUACCGUCCUUUUCGUCCGUCCAUCUGCAGUAUUUAUGAAUUGCGUAACAGAAAAACUACUCGAAUUAUGAGUUGGUGCAAAUUUUCUUGUGUCAACUUUCCUUCUAAGGUUCUGUGCGUAUAUCUGUCUUGAGAAGGAUAACUUUAGAGCAGAAUAAUUCAUUAUUCUUUAAAGUGAGUACUUGUCACAAGCCAUUCUGUCUGCUGUAUGCAUUGCCCUCGAUCACCGAUGCGUAACCGAAAUUUGCGAGAGAGGAGUCCGCCGAGGAAACAUUAAUUAAGGUGGAAUUUCCAAGGGGAAAUAUGCUAUUACAGUGGCUAUGUAAACGUGUUGGUUCGAGUUUAGGAAAAUCCCCCAGUAUCGACUCGACAAUCGAGGCACUGUUCACGGAGCCCGUGACAAAGACGGUGACUCAAACUCACUUAAUUUCGGCAAGUUAAAUCCCCAUUAUUCUGGGGGUACAAUUUUUUCUCAUCACGUGCACUCGGGAGAGGGGUUGGGAUUUUUUGCGGGGGAGGAGGUGUCCUUGGCCGCGUUAAACCUGUAGCGAAUGUACAUGCAUAGUUAGAAGCAUCCGAGGCCACAGCAAUCGGAAAGUUAGACGGGGUUGACCUAGGCAACCUUCACAUUACCCGUAAUCUACCCACUCAUCAACAGUAGUUUCGCGUGGAAUUUAGGGAAACGUUCGUUGAGGACUUUUUGGAUAUCUCUGAUUGUAUGAGAACUUUGUACACCGAAGCUCAUCUUCUGAAAUCAUUAAGUCUUCAACCCAGUAUUUUUACAUAAUAUUCAAGGAAACCUUUCAGUGCUUGUUUAAUAUAGUGUUAUUAAGUCACUCAUGGAGGCAAUAUAUACAUACACCUAUCAAGUUAGUCCCACCUCGCAGAUUGAUUUGGAAUUAUUUUAAUCAUCAAACUUUCUGUCUGAUGUUCUGUUAAGUGUUCGACAGUCGCAAGUGUAUAAAGUGUAAAUAUAAUUUACUUUAUUUCUAUAGCAACCAAUCGUGUAUUUAUUACUCUUAACCAUGUAAAAAUAUCGAUGAAAUAUGAUGUUUUGAAUUUGAAUAUAUUAAAGGAAAUCACAGUUGAGAUUUAAAA